CGACCACACUAGCCACAGACCUCUUAUCUGCUUAAGCAGCACGGAAUCUACCUUUCUCUCCAGCAACUUAUCAUGCCAGCCUCCACCUACGCACCCCCUCGUCACUUCAUGAGCAUACAAGCCGAGGAGGAAGCGCUUCUCUUCUAUCGCACCUGGAGCAAGAUCGGCAAGGCGAAGCAGCGACCAUCGUGCAUCGACUUCAUCCCCGAUGACGAUCUCUCUAGAAGCAUGCGGGGCUGCCUUGAAGGCGCUCUGCAAGACCACGACAGCGCCGCCGACCUCUCAUCAGCUGGUCGGAAGGCUUUCAUCGAGGUUCUGUGGGAUGUUGUGGAAUCGUGCCCCGCCUUGCAGAGGGUGUCUGACUGCGUCCGGAAUGCGCUCGUCGACGGCCUCAGCUCUACCGAGGUCAUCGAAGCUGAACUCCGAUCUCAUACCUACCCCGACUCCGAUCACUCUAGUCCUUCUCGCCUUUAUAUCACCAUCGCUAUUGUUGAAUCUGAAUGCCCUGGGAUGCGCGUUACCUACGACUGGGCGAUGGAGAGCUUGUUGCCGGUCAUGUUGAUGAUUUGUCCCACUCUGGCAUCGUACGAAGUGAUUCAUGGCGCCUUACACGGUCCGCAACCCAUAGCCAAGGUGGUCUCCCUGGCGGGCCCUGUCGCGCACAUUACGCCUGAAGACAACAAGUACGCCCAUGCACCAUCCGCCUCCGCUCCUCAGCAGCAACGUACUCGCGGUCCGCGACGCAGUGGAUCACUUCACGCACCUGGACCUAUUCGGCGCCAAUCAGCUCCGCACCGCCCGUCUCCCUACCACCGCGCUCCUCAGCACCCACUUCAACGUCUGUAUCCUCAAGUCCCUCUUCGCGCUCUAGACGCUCGCACUAUACGCCAUCACGACACUCUCCGCUCUUCGGUCUCCGCUAGCUACGCUCCUGCUCGAACUCACUCUGGCGAACAAGCGCACUCGGUCCAGUCUGGCGUACCUCCCAAGGAAGCUCCCUGUACCCUCUCACCUCCUCGCAGCGCUAUGGCCUCCACGCGCAAGAUAUCUCCGUCGAACUCGAUGGCGUGGGUUGCCUUGCUCUCGAAGGCGCUCCCGGACGGUCUACAUAGGGCGUCACCGACUCGAGCGCGCAGGCCGUAGUCGCCAUUCGAAAUCAAGAUAUCGUCCAUGUCGCUGCCACUUCCUCUCUCGCCGUGCGCCAUGCGCGAAGCAUUCAGAAUCUGCUUAACUACAACAACAACGACCUCCCCUUGCCCUACUUUCACCUGAUCACGCACUACUACGAGCACCCCGCGCUCACACAGGCUACGCUGACGCACAAUAUCGAUACAAUACUAGGUCAACUAUACAACAUUAAUGCUAC